AUGAAUGUAGUGAUCGACUUUCCAUUUAAGAUUAAAGUACUAGCUCAACGCGUAGAAUUCAGAGUAAUAGUCGCCACGGUCGUGGUCUCAUCAGCGGCUCCCCAGGGCUAUCACCUGGAUAAGCUUUCAGGACCAAGCUUUGGAUUAAGAGGUUCAGACUCAGGUUCUGGAACAGGAGGUUUAAACUCAGGUUUUGGAACAGGAGGUUUAGGCUCAGGUUUUGGAAUAGGAACUUCAGAUUCAGGUUUUGGAGCAGGAAUUUUAAGCUUAGGCUCUGGAAUAGGAGGCUUAGCCUCAGGUUUUAGCACAGGAGGAUGCGGGCCCGGAAGGGUGCUGCAUAUUGACGGCAGAUGCGUUACUCCACGCGUCAACCGCAAAGUUUACUUGUAUGACGCGCCACCCGUACCCGUGUCCCAUGGUCCCCCACCCUACAUUCCAGAGCCAACUGUUGAGACAAAUAUCUUGUUCAUCCGAGCACCAGAACAAGGACAAGGACCAGAUCCUAUUGUUAUACCUCCUCCUAGACAAGAACACGUUGUGUACGUCCUUAACAAAGAGUCUCUACAGCAACAGGAAGUGAUCGAACUCCCAGCUCCGCCAGCGAGCGAACCUGAAGUUUACUUCGUGAACUACGGUGACGGCGAGAACCCGGUUCUUCCUAGCGGCGUUGAUCUCCAGACUGCCCUGAACGCAGCUUCCCAAGGUGGUGGUCAAGUGGUUGGAGGCGGUGCCGGAGGCGUUGGGGGAGGUUUUGGAGGCAGUGGAGGAAUCGGUGGAUUCGGAAGUGGAGAAAUUGGUGGAUUCGGAAGUGGAGGAAUCGUUUGUACCAUUUGCUUAAAACAAAAAGAUGUCCCAGGGGAUGAGGAUGACCGUUGCCGUGAGGAAUCUGUGACUCAGAGAAAACAGGUUUCGGAGACAGUGGAGGAAGCGGUGGAUUCGGAAGUGGAGGAAUCGGUGGAUUCGCCGGAAUUAGAGAAAUAA